AUGAGUUUGCUGUACAGUGACAGCAGCUGUGGAGGCCGAGAGGCGGAAAGCGGCUGCCGGGCAGCCAUGGCCAGUGCCUGCAGCGCUGCAGCCAAGGAUGACAGCGUCAGCAGCAGUGGCACCGCCAACCCCCCGAGCUCUUUGACAGAGGAAACACAAGGCUAUGAUGUGGAGUUUGAUCCUCCCUUGGAGAGCAAAUACGAAUGUCCCAUCUGCUUGAUGGCUCUGCGAGAGGCAGUGCAAACACCCUGUGGGCACCGCUUCUGCAAAGGCUGCAUUGUGAAGUCCAUAAGAGAUGCAGGUCACAAAUGUCCAGUAGACAAUGAAAUUCUGCUGGAAAAUCAACUUUUCCCUGACAACUUUGCGAAGCGGGAAAUCCUUUCCUUAAUGGUGAAGUGUCCCAACAAAGGCUGUGGCAUGAAGAUGGAGCUGAGGCAUCUGGAGGACCACCAGCUGCAGUGUGAUUUUUCCACUGUGGAAUGCCCACAGUGCCAAGGAGCCUUCCAGAAGAACCAUCUGAAAGAGCAUAGGACGCAGGAGUGUCCACGGCGCCAAGUCUGCUGUCCAAACUGUGCCACAUCGAUGGCCUAUGAAGACAAAGAGCUCCAUGACCAAACCUGCCCCCUGGCCAAUGUGUUCUGUGAAUACUGCAACACGGUGCUCAUCAGAGAGCAGAUGCCUAACCAUUAUGACAAUGAUUGCCCUACUGCCCCAGUGCCAUGUUUCUACAAUGCCUUUGGGUGUCCUGAAAAGAUGCAGAGGAAUGAACUGGCACGACACAUGCAGGAGUUCACUCAGGUCCACAUGAGAAUGAUGGCCCAGAGCUUUCAGAACAUCAGUGUCACUGCUGCCAACCCCGUGCCCUUCAUCAAUGGCCUGCCCUUUGAACCUGCCCUCUUCUCUCAUGUGUCACAUGCCCCAUACGAGUGCAACCCAGAUGUUGAAAACUUCAAAGAAACCAUUCAGCAGCUGGAAGGUCGCCUGGUGAGACAAGACCACCAGCUGAGAGAGCUCAUUGCUAAGAUGGAGACUCAGAACGCUCACGUGGCAGAGCUCAAGCGCACCAUCCGCAGCCUGGAGGGGAAGGUGGCCGAGCUGGAGGCACAGCAGUGCAAUGGGAUUUACAUUUGGAAGAUCGAGAACUUCAGUGGCCUUCAGAAAGCCCAGGAAGAAGAGAAGCCUGUGGUGAUGCACAGCCCUGGCUUCUACACCGGGAGGCCUGGCUACAAGCUGUGCCUGCGGCUGCACAUCCAACUGCCCAGCGCGCAGCGCUGCGCCAACUUCAUCUCACUGUUCGUGCACACCAUGCAGGGAGAGUAUGACAGCCACCUGCCCUGGCCCUUCCAGGGCACCAUCCGGCUCUCCAUCCUGGACCAGUCGGAAGGUCCCGAGCGGCAGAACCAUGAAGAGGUGAUGGAAGCCAAGCCAGAACUGCUGGCCUUCCAGAGGCCGACGAUUCACCGCAACCCCAAAGGCUUUGGCUAUGUCACUUUCAUGCAUCUGCAAACCUUGAAGCAAAGAACCUUCAUCAAGGAUGACACCCUCCUGGUGCGCUGUGAGGUCCUCACACGGCUGGACCUGAACAGUCUGCGCAGAGAAGGCUUUCAGGCUCGCAGUACUGAUGGAGCUGUGUAG